ACAUAUGGUAAUGUAUAUGGCUGGGCGGUAUACAGUAUUUUGCAAUAUACUGGUAUUGAUGCACGGACCAGUUUAGGUUUUUACUUUACCUUCUAUAACGGUAUUUGACUGUUUGGUUUGUUAAAAGUGAUACAUAGUGUGUAACGUCCAUUUUUAUAGUUUACUUUGAGUCAUCUCCCUCUCCAUGCCGCUUUCCAUACAGACCUAGCCCCGGCUCCUGUCACUGAAGGAGCGCAUUUGUUUUUCCUCGACCACGAGACACUUGCAUUCGUUCAGUCUGCAUGGUCAAUGCAGCAUAUGCAACAACGUUGAUGACAGCAAUGCAGUUGUCACUUUGCUUCUUAAUUUAAAUCUACUAGCAUUCAAUAAUACACUAUUAGCUUGUGUUUCUUACAUCUGCUAACAGCUAGUUUGUCUUUUCUUAGCAAGUUGUUCCUAAAUCUUGUUAGCCGCUGAUUGUUAGCCACUAAUGCUAAUCGCUAGCUAGCUAAUAAAUGUAACGUAAACUAACUCACUUUUGUACAUCGCGCUUUUCCAUACAAUUGACCUUAUUUUAGCACCCAAAAAACGUAAUACUUCCAGAUCAACUGUAUUAUCAAUACCAUUGUAAAGCACAAUUUCUCCCCUUUCCAACAAAAUCAGACUCCAACAGUGCAACCCUUGUGCAUUGUUCAAUUAUUUAAACAAUUUACUGUAUAUUUGGAUGAAAAUGCUCCAUUGCAUUUGAAACUAGAGCUUGUUGGAGGCUGGCCAGACGUGAGCUUGGUUAGUAACAGUUGCUAUCCACCAGAGCGCUGCGAUUGGUGGCCCAACAUUUUGGGGAGGGGCUUAGAGAAGGGUCAAUUGAAAUAGGGAGGGCCAGUUCAAGCUGCGUUAAGUGAUGUCUUCGUGGCAUUAAGAGCACAGCAUGUAAGUCUACUAUCUAUGGGGGAAUGAUUUGUUCCUAAGUUGAAAUCUGAAUAUAAUUUUAUAAAGUGUUCCAUUAGUAGGCUGACAGGCCAUUCUUACCAAAGUGUAAUUGCAAUGUGAAAGAGGAAUACAUCAAUUAUUAAUCAAUGGUUAGUAAUGAAAAUGAACACAAAAAAAGUGGAAUACUCUAAAUGCAAUUCACACAUUAUUAUUUUUGUUUUAGGAAUGGGAAAAUGAUAUAAAAUCUCAUCAGGAUGUCAUGUCUGAUGAAAAUGAUGACAAAAAGGAAGAAUUAGUCAAGGUGGCAACUGCAAAAAUGCAGGCCUUUUACGGAAAAGAUGGAGUUGAGAAAAGCUUAAAUGACCUGAUGAAAGGGGAGCAUUUCCGAGAAAUUCCAGAAUUUCUAUCACCAACAAAUGCUGUUAAGACUGUUUCAUGUAACACGGCAUCAGAGCUUUCUGGAAAGAUUGCCUGUUACACAAGGAGUGAUUAUAAGAUGGCAGCAAAACAGUACUGGCCACUUGUGAAGUGUGUGACAAUUAAGGUGCCCAACACCAAAGAGCUUCUGGAACACAUUGUGCUGUUGGAUCUUCCUGGAACUGGGGACUGCAACAAGACCAGAGAUGAUAUGUGGAAAUCGCAUUUAAGUCAGUGCUCGUCUGUGUGGAUCGUGAAUGACAUCCAACGGGCCGCCUCUGAAAGAGAGCCAUGGAUGAUUUUGGAAAGCAGCUUCCGUUAUCUGAUACAAGGUGGAGAAUGUGAGAGUAUCACCUUCAUCUGCACCAAGACAGAUGACAUCAACCCUAAGAACUACCUGGGAUCACCAGAUUUAAAGAACACUGAACUGCAACUCUACCUUGAAAAGAAAGAAGAUAAUGAGAAGAAGCGAGGCUGCAUCCAGCACAGAAAUGAACAAGCUAAGAUAAUGUUGGGAGAGAGGUUCAACAACGAAGUUGUGAAAAAGAAACCUUUCAUUCAAAUGGAAAACAUCUUCCAGGUGUUUACAGUGAGUGCUGAGGAAUAUCAGAAUGAUGGGGAAAACAUUCUGGAAUACGAACAAACUGAGAUACCACAACUCAAACAAGUUCUGAAGGAUAUGAAUGAGAGACACUCAAAGACUACAGUUAAAAACUAUGUAUCUGGAGUCUAUGGGAUCCUCUCUUUGAUCAAAGCGGCCAACUCCAACGACAUGAUGAUGGUUGAGAAGAAAUCAAACAUGUACCAACUGCUAAAGGAAUCACUGGAGGAGCAGCUUUCUACCAUCACAUCCCUCAUGACAAAACAUUACAACGACCUUAAAAACUCCUGUCAGAGGGAGUUGCCAAGUCAGAAAAGUCAUGCUUGCAGAUUGCCAAGGACAAAGUAAUCACACCAGAGGCAAGGAAGGAUGGCAGAGGAUACCAUCGUACAUUGUCAUCUUUAUGCAGGAAUAAGGGUUCUGUAGGUCAACAAAUGGAGACAUCACAGACCUCAACACAACGUUGGUCGAAUCUAUGUACACUGCCAUAAAUGAGAGAUUUGCUGUAAUUUUCCCAAAUGCUGGAACAACAGGAGAAUCAAUCUAUGAGAAGAUCUGCAACUUCAGCAUCAUCUCAGACAGCAUGGCCAAGGAGUGGGAGAACACCCCCAUGUCUCUGUAUCUGAUGUUUCUCACCACCGAGGAAAAUGUUUUGAAGGAUAGACUGAAGCGAGAUGUCCUCCUGAAGAAGAAAGUGAUUUAUGAAUCUCUGACUGACGAAGUCAAGACCAUAAUGUGCCCAUGUUAUGAGGAGGCUUCAAACAUAUCUGGAAAGGGAACCUUGACGAAGACUCAGGAACUGCUGGUCAAGCACAUCGACUCAUCGAAAACCUCAUGUUUGACAAUGCUCAGAAAAAGAUGUUGGAAGGUUUUGAGAACCUGAGGGAAUACAUAGAGCAGACGCUGAGAACCGAACUACUGGAGUCAUUGAAGCGGUCCCUGAAGACACCUAACAGUUUAUCUCUCCCAGAUGUCAGUGAGCAGUUGAAAAACAUGGAGAACUACAAAAUGUUGGCUCUAAGAGAUCGCACAAGCUGAAUCUGACUGCUGAGAAGAGUCGUAAGCAGUUGUUGUGACAUGAUGGUAAACCAUUCAAAACAAUUGGCUAUAAAAAUGUAUCACAUUUUCAGUAGCUUAUUAAUCAGUAGUUGUUAGUAUCAGUAGUUUUGCCAUAGUUAUUACUCUUAUGUUUACUGACGUGAUGAACGUGGUAUAAGCAGGUUAAACAUUUAGGGUCUAUCAGUUGUCUGAAAAAAUGCAACUCCGUAUUAGAUGCACCAUGAUGCUCAGAGAACUCAUAGCUCCUAGAUGUUUAUCCCUUACAUAUUCUAUACUCAAUGUGUUUAUCCCUUACAUAUUAUAUACUCAAUGUGUUGAUCCCUGACAUAUUAUAUACUCAAUGUGUUGAUCCCUGACAUAUUAUAUACUCAAUGUGUUGAUCCCUGACAUAUUAUAUACUCAAUGUGUUGAUCCCUUACAUAUUCUAUACUCAAUGUGUUGAUCCCUGACAUAUUAUAUACUCAAUGUGUUGAUCCCUGACAUAUUAUAUACUCAAUGUGUUGAUCCCUGACAUAUUAUAUACUCAAUGUGUUGAUCCCUGACAUAUUAUAUACUCAAUGU